UGUCGUUAUUGGUCCAGUGGUUCUACUGGCUCUGGUGGAAGGCUACUCGCUCUGAAAGGAGGGAUGCGAGUAGGAGAGGAGGUCAGGCGGAAAAAGAGGAACCCGGUGGAUGUCCGUGGAUAGCAAAACCCCUCAGGCUCCCUUCCCUGACAGACUGAUAUGUCAUUGGACCAAUGGGGUGUUGAUGAUGCAGGCGCAGAGGUUGGCCAGGUGAGAUGUAAGACCCGCCCACUGCGUGUCCUACUUCACCUGCAGAGGAACAGGAAUCUGUAGAAAAAAAGCCCCCAGCAAUUCUGCUGAAACAAAUGAACUGAAGUGAUUUUUAAGAAAAUGGCGGAAAAUCGAACAAAUGGAUACUGGUAGUGAAAUGCCACUACAAACCACCUCAGCCUUCCCCUUGAGAGAGGAUUGCAUCUCCUGCUGAUUUCUGGACAUCUGGCGGAUUUUCUUUUCUUAGAUCUCGUGCAUUUGGUACAUUGCAAUCAACCCCAGGCAUCCUGCUGGCCCACCAACCCAUUAGACCAAGAGGACAUCUUGAUCUCCUGUUGACUCACCAACCCAUUAGACCAAGUAGACAUCCCGAUCUCCUGUUGACUCACCAACCCAUUAGAACAAAGGUCAGAGGUCAACAUCAGAGUUAACAUAGGGUUACAACAUCCGGGCUUACGAGUCCCGGCAAGGGCUAUCUCUUCAAGAGAGUGGGAUUCCAAAUCACCUCUGAAACACAGAAUCCACAGCUCUGAUCCCUCCCUUCUCUGCGCCCGCUGAGAGGAGUAGGUGGAACUAUAGGAGGCACCAUGGGGUGUGGUGGCAGCAGGACUGAUGUUCUGGAGCCCAGGUACCUGGAGAGCUGGACCAAGGAAACAGAAUCUACCUGGCUGACCAGUACAGACACAGACAUCCCACUCUCCUCCAUACAGAGUAUGGAUAUCCCUUCUGAGAACUCAUCUGAAAGCUUUGUCUCUGAGAAAACCAUCACACCUGAUGCAGAUUUCUUUGAAGACGGCUUGCCUGCCCCAGCCCAGGCCUAUCUACAGGUGUGCUCUGACAUGUCUGAAGCAGGACUGAACAAUGUAAAGCUGAGUGCCCACCCUGCAAUACUGCCCUCCCACAACCAGGCGCUUCAACCGUCACCUGUUACAGUACAGAGAAGAAGCGUCCUACGCACUGAGGAAAUAACUAAAUGGCAAGACAACAGGAUGUCCACGAAGCAGGUAACCAUCACAGUGACACAGAGCAUCAGACACGUGGACAAGAGUGGGAAAAUUAAGGAGAAGUCCCUCACCACCUUCGAGGUCAUGAAGCCCAUGGAGGGCCUGAAGGACGUGGCUGAAGGACGUAGUAGGAACAUUAGGGAAUAACACUGUGAUACACCGAGGUCUGAGGGGGUAACAGGGGACAAAGCUAAUGGCAGAACGUGGUUUGGAAAGACAAUGAUAGAACGUGGUUUGGAAAAUCAAUGGCAGAACGUGGUUUGGAAAGACAAUGGCAGAACGUGGUUUGGAAAGACAAUGGCAGAACGUGGUAUGGAAAGACAAUGACAGAACGUGGUUUGGAAAAUCAAUGGCAGAACGUGGUUUGGAAAGACAAUGACAAGAGUGUGGUUUGGAAAGACAAUGGCAGAACGUGGUUUGGAAAGACAAUGAACGCUGUGAGAAAGAAUGUAUUGCUGAAUGGACUUUCCUUUGAGGGGGAGAGAAACAAUGAUACCAAAAUGCGGUUUGAGGUUCAUAAAAAUGAAAAAAAAGAUAACGAUUUGAUUAUAGAGAUAGAGGGUUUGAAUCCGUGGCACAAUUGGUCCGCUAUCUCUACCUGGGACCAGACCUGAUAAACGAGAUACCUCUACGGGCCUGACACCAAAUGCUGUCAGGAUGAGAGAGUUUGUGACUUUGUCUAACGAAGAUGAAUGCUUUUUAUAGGCUGGGCUUGGGACCAAGAUGUAAAAAAAAA